AGAAACAAAGAAAGUGUUAGUGGCAGUGAGUGCUUGAAAGUUCGCCAGUUUCUUACCAAAAACUACAAAAAACUACCAUGAGUCUGCCGUCGGGUGUGGACAUGCAGAACCUGAUGUCGCAACAUCCGGUACUUGGCGCCCUGCCACCUGCCUUCUUCCUCCGAGCCGCCUCGGAACGCUAUCAACGGACACCCAAAUGUGCCCGUUGUCGGAACCAUGGCGUGGUCAGCGCCUUAAAGGGCCACAAACGCUAUUGCCGCUGGAGGGACUGUGUUUGCGCUAAAUGCACUCUGAUUGCAGAACGUCAAAGGGUUAUGGCUGCUCAGGUUGCCUUGCGCCGCCAACAAGCUCAAGAGGAAAACGAGGCCCGCGAACUGGGCCUACUUUAUACAUCCGUUCCUGGCCAACAGAAUGGCGGCGACAGCACCACACCCACCCCGCACAGUCCCAACCACAGUGGCAGCGGCGGCUCGGCCAGCGGCGGAUCUGGCCAGAACGGCGUCUUCCACGGCGGAAUACCAUCGCCGCCGAGCGACGGCUUCGAUGCCAGCUCCACUACCAAUCAUCUCCAGCAUCCGCAGCAGCAGCCAUCGCACCACCAGCAACAGCCACAUGCCCAGCAGCAACACAACCACAGCCACCAGCAAUCGCAGAGAUUCAAUGGCAAUGAAUCCGACACGGAUGGACGCACCCGUUCCGAGCACCUGAGCGUGGGCUUCUCGCCCACGAGGACCGAGCUGGACGAGAGUCCCGUUUCAAAACGAGGAGCUCCCCUUUCCAAUGAAACCGAUCAGGACACGGGCUCAGAGUCCGGAUCACCCAGCAGUCCCCGGCCAAAAGUGGCUGGUCUGUUCAAUCUCACCGCCAGCUUGUCGCCCGCCAGAACCGGUCCGCCCAGCUCACCCGAGUCUGAUUUGGAUGUCGAUUCUGCACCGGAUGAGGCCACGCCGGAGAAUCUCAGCCUCAAGAAGGAGGACAGUCAAUCGCCGCCAAACACACCCGCCGAAAACUUGCAUUUACUGCGAACCUUUAGCAGCAAUCAUGGUCAGGGCUUUAUGCCUUACCACCACACGCAGUUCCUGGCCGCCGCCGGACUGCCCACGCACCACCAUCCACCGGCCCACUCGCCGCACCACCAACAGUCGCCGCACAUGCAACAGCAACAGCAGCCGCACCACCAACAUCAACAGCAACAGCAACAACAGCAGCGAUCUCCCAUUGAUGUCCUGAUGCGAGUUUUUCCCAAUCGGCGACGAAGCGAUGUGGAGCAACUGAUGCAGAGAUUCCGUGGGGACGUGCUCCAGGCCAUGGAGUGCAUGCUGGCUGGGGAGGACUUGGGGCAGACGCCACCCCAGGUGCCGCCGUCGCCACCCUUUCCCAUGAAAUCUGCGUUCUCCCCGCUGGUUCCGCCCUCGGUCUUCGGUUCGCCCACACACCGAUAUCAUCCUUUCAUGCAGGCCCACGCCAAGAGGUUCCUCUCCGCACCGUAUGCCGGAACGGGCUACCUUCCGGGUGUUCUCAGUGCGGCGGAUAUCGAGCAGUCGGAGUCCAACGGAGCCGGCGGUAUCGGAUUGGAUCGCAGCAGCAAUGCCGGGGACUCCCAAGAUUGAGGCAUCGAGGCGGAGGCCAGCGGCGCUGCCGUUUUCCGGCCUUUCGAGUAAAAA